UAUUGAUUUACUCUCUUCAUUAUAUAGGUUCCUGGACUAGCAGAAAAACGACCAUCUGUCUUAAGAGGAGACAAUGUAUACAUCACUGGAUGUGAAGAUUCCCGGGCUCGGGGAUAUGUAGGAUGCGUCCACCAAGUAAAUGAAAAGUCUCUUUACAUUGCACUGGCAUCAGAGUUUAUGCAUGACUUCAUUGAUGGCAAGAAAGUAGAUGUCGCAUUCUCCUUUUCUCGCCAUACACUGAAACUUUGCCAUCGAGCUUUGGCUCUUGCUGAGGAAUUUGGAAUGAUGCAUCUCAUCUUCCCAAAGCCUUCAAGAAUCCUAAUUAAUCCUGCUCAAGAUAUUCUGUUAUUUAACAGGAAACUUGAAGAAAAUCAGGAGCAGUUGGAAGCUGUGCGUAGCAUCAUCUCAGGAACUUCAAAGCCAGCGCCCUAUAUUGUGUUUGGCCCUCCAGGUACUGGGAAGACAGUCACAGUUGUAGAGGCAAUAAAACAGAUAUAUAAACGGGAACCCAACAGCAGAAUUCUGGUAGCUGCCCCCUCAAAUGCUGCAUGUGACAACAUAACAGGAAGACUAUUAGAGCAUAUAUCCAGAAGGCAUGUGUUCCGGAUGCAUUCAAAAUCCAGAGAAAUGUAAGUUUUGUAAUUACAG